AAUUCGCCCAAGGAUCUAAACCUGGUUUUCGGUUUUCAAACUGUUAAGCCACAGUUUGCCCUUAACCAGCCAUCUCAAGACUCAAGUAUUUUGCCAAGCACGGCAUCUUCUUUCACGCAGUUUGGAAGUCAAUCCGGCCAGCAAUCAGUACAAGGUUUGGACAUCCAACAAAACAAGCCUCUCGAAGGUGUUUUCAGCAAGCCUGGCACCAACAAUUUUGGAUCUUUGACUUCGAACUUGGGGCAAACAGGUUCAUCAAAUGUAGCUGAGAAAGAAUACUCGCCAUCGGUUAGCAACGACAGCCCAGCUCAAAGCGUGGAUUAUCAGAAACCACAGAUUGGAAUUGAUUCAACCCCUGCUUUUGUUAGUGGUGUUAAGCCAGUUGGCUUUGUCUCACAGUCUCAAGGCUCCAGUGCCACUGCCUCUGCAUCUGUCACCGGUUCUCAAACUAGUUUAAGCGGUUUAUCUCCUCAAGUUUUAGGAGGACUUCAAGGCCCAUCCAAAUCGCAACAAGGUCAAUAUUCUCCUCAGCCAUCAAUACCCCAAUUUGGAAGUAAACCUGUUGGUCUAUCAGCUAUUCUCAAACCAGCUUCUGCAUAUCCUCAAAACUUCGGAUUAAUUGGUGACAAGAAGCAGCCGCAACCAGCAGGGUUCCUAGUCGGCUCUGAUGAGUCUAGUUCAGGGCAAAAUUCGCAAGGCGAAGAUCACUCAUACCAUUACAAGCAACCAGCGAAGCCGUUCAACAGCCCUUCAUCAGUAUCACAAGGAUCGAGCCUAUCAGCUGGACAAAUAUCGCAAACAAGCAACCAAUUCUCAAGUUUUAACGCACAGUCGUCACAGAAGGAACAAUCAUCAGCAUCCAGCAAACCUUUCGGAUCAGCUUCUCACACCACAAACUCUGAUGCGUACCAACCAUCCCACAAUGCUGUGACUCAAGCAGCAGUAUCACCAUUCCCUUCACCAUCCCCGAGCCCAGUACCCUCAUUCCCCCAGAAAGUGCCUGCUCAGCAAUCGUUCCAACAAGGUUCUAACAAUUUCUUGGGCCAGAAACCUUCAACUCAAAAGGAGCAAUCUUUGUUCGGUCAAACGAGUUCUGUUGCUUUCGUAGAAAGCCAGAAAGCCCCAAUAAGUUCUCAGAAUGCUCCAUCGGUUCCCGCACAACAAUAUACAGGAGAACUGUAUGAAUAUAACAAGCCGCAGCAAGGUAUCCCAGCUCCUACCCCGAGUUCCACUCCUAGCUCAUUAGGAACGUUCGGUCAGCCAAGCCAGGGGAGUUUCUCGCAAGGAUCAUUAAGCUCGUCCCAGUUUGGAACUAAACCUCAAUUCGGCCAGGGGUCCCAAUCUUUCCAAGGUAGUAGCUUCCAACAGUCUACUCAGCAAUCUUCUCAGGGUAACAAGGCCACAAACAUUUACUUACCACCUAUUAGCAUAACUUCGUCUUUGGGUAUCCUAGGAUCAAAACCUCAAGUUGGUCAAGGAUCUCAAUCUUCACAAGGAAGCGUUCAGCAGUCUACACAGUCCAGUCAGUCUGUGACGCAACAGGCUCAAGAAUCCCAUACACAAUUAGGUUCGGAGCCUAGCAAACCUUUCGGUGUAGCAUCUCAGAUUGGUAGCCAAAACAAGCCUCAAGUCAGCCAAGUGUUCCAAGCUUCACAGGGCUCAUUCCAACAGACCAAUCAACAAACAGUGGGUUCUGCACAAGGACAGGGCUCUCAAUCGCAGUUUGGCAUUCAGUCUUACAAACCAUUCGGAUCCCAAUUCGGUACUCAGGGAACAAAGCCUCAGUCCAUUUCGAUACCACAGAAGUCCCAGGGAAGCUUAUUCCAAUCGCAGACAACUUCUCAGACUAUAGGCACGCAGCAAUCAGGCCAGGGUACUUUGUCUCAGUUUGGAAGUCAGUCAUCAAAACCAUUCGGUUCUUCUCAAUUCGGAGUCCAAAAUUCUAAGCCCCAGUUUGCUCAACCACAAAGUACAUCUCAGGGAAGUUCCCUAACCCAGACCCAAGUGUCUCAACAGACAGUUGGUUCCCAGCAACAAUCCGCUUUUGAAGCUCAAAAUCAGUUUGCUUCUCAAUCUAACAAACCUUUUGGCUCACAGUUUGGCUCUCAGGGAGCUAAACCUCAAUUGGGUCAGGUGUCACAAACCCACGGCAGCUCUAUCUCUCAGACUCAAAUAACACAGCAGACUAUCGGGUCUGCGUUCGACAAACAACAACAAACGAAGCCUGAUAAUGUUUACCUUCCCUCAAAGCCUUCGACCGUAACACCCCAAUUCGGAGUUCAGGAAUCUAAGCCCCAAUUUGGACAGGUGCCUUCCUCCCAAGGUAGUACCUUCCAGCAGUCUACUCAGAGCGUCCAACAAACUGUCGGUUCUCUAGGUUUAUCUGGUGGUCAACCAUCCAAGCCUUUCGGUACUACAACCCAAUUUGGUGUCAAGCCUCAAGGCAGUUCGUUCACUCAAACUCAGACAGCUCAACACUCAGAGAGCACACAACAGCAGUCAGGACAAGAUUCUCAGAUAUUUGGUUCCCAACCAUCUAAGCCGUUCAGUUCGCCUCAAUUCGGUGCUCAAGGAGUGAAACCCCAAGGCAGUGCCUUUGGGCAGAGUCAAACCUCGCAACAAACUGUCAGCUCUGUAACUCAACAGCAAUCAGGUCAAGACUCUCAAGUUUUCGGUUCUCAACCAACUAAGCCUUUUGGCUCAUCCCAAUUCGGCGUUCAGGGAGUGAAACCUCAAGGUAGCUCUUUCACUCAGACUCAGACUUCUCACCAGAUCGAUAGCACUGUAACUCAACAGCAGUCAGGUCAAGGCUCUCAGAUCUUAGGGUCUCAACCAACUAAGCCUUUAGGUUCAUCUCAAUUCGGUGUUCAGGGAGUGAAACCUCAAGGCAGUACUUUCGGCCAGAGUCAGACAUCUCAACAGAUUGACAGUAUUGAAAUUCAACAGCAGUCGGGUCUAGGCUCUCAGGUUUUCGGUUCCCAACCAUCUAAGCCGUUCGGUUCAACGCAAUUUGGUGUUCAGGGAGUGAAACCUCAAGGCAGCGCCUUUGGCCAAAGUCAGACAUCGCAACAAACUGUGGGUUCUAUAACUCUACAGCAGUCGGGUCAAGGCUCUCAAGUUUUCGAUUCUCAACCGUCUAAGCCUUUUGGUUCAUCGCAAUUCAGUGUCCAGGGGGCAAAGCCUCAAGAUAGCUCUUUAACCCAGACUCAGACUAUUCAGCAGGUGGACGGCACCGUGAUUCAACAGCAGACAGGUCAGGGCUCACAGAUAUUAGGCUCUAAACCAUCUAAGCCUUUUGGCUCAUCACAAUUCGGCAUCCAGGGAGUAAAACCUCAAGGCAGCGCCUUUGGCCAAAGUCAGACAUCGCAACAAACUGUGGGUUCUAUAGCUCAACAGCAGUCGGGUCAAAGCUCUCAAAUUUUCGGUUCUCAACCGUCUAAGCCUUUUGGUACAUCACAGUUCGGUGUCCAAGGAAACAAGCCUCAAUUUGGACAAGUGCCGCAAUCGUCUCAAGGAAGCUCUCUCACGCAGACGCAAACAACACAUCAAACUGUAGGUAGUGUGAUUGGACCUCAGCAACAGCCAGGUUCUCAGACACAGUUCGGAAGUCAAACUUACAAGCCGUUUGGUGCUUCUCAAGUUGCACAGGGCUCGAAACCUCAACUCGGGCUCACGCAGACUACACAGCAAAGUGCUUUCAGCCAAUCGCAAUUCAGCCAGCAGUCUUCAUAUAACAAAUUCAGCCAGUCGAAACCAUUCAUCACUUCAUCCCCAGCUCCAUUCGGUUCUGUAUUCGGCACAAAUCCCACCAAAACUGAAUAUGGUUCUAAUGCUCAGAAGACUGAAAGUAGCUCUGGAUCGAGUGUAUCUCAGUUAGGGAGUCAGUUUGGACAGUCAUCCAGUCAAGGAUCUUCACAGUUUGGUGCUCAAGCAUUCAAGCCUUUCUCCACUUCGCACCAUCAAGAAUCUAAACCCCAAUUCGGUGCUCCAUCGAAGCCUGCGUUCGGACAAAGCUCGACCACUUAUGCGCCUUUCACCAACAAUCAGAACUCCCAGAGUCAGUUCGGAUAUCAGUACAAACACCCAGUAAAUGCUUUCGGUAAAUAUCAGCCUAAACCACUGUUCGGCCAAACUGGAUUUACAGGUUUCAGUAGUUCUCAGGCGUCUAGCUCGGCGUCUUCUUUCCCGCAAGAUUUCAAAGGGACGCUUUUUGGUAGCCAACCGUUCAGACCUUUUGGGUCACAAAUCCAGCCUAUCAAGAGUCAGUUCGGUCAACCAACGUCAUCUGCCAGCGCCUUUGCCUCAAGUUCCUCAACACCCUCCUUGCUAUCUGGAUCUAAAUUUAGUCUCCAGCCAUUCAAAACUUCGUCUUCAGUAUUCCCAACAGCUCAACCAGCUUUCGGGCAAUCGACUACACCUUUAAGCCAAGAGGAUUCUGGAACACAGGCUACAAGCCUAUCUUCUGUGCAAGGUGCCAAUUUCGGAGUCCAAAAGCCAUUCGGUAGUGGAAUCUCUCAGGCCUCCACUCCUCAGCCCUUGGGUUCUAAACCAGAUGUUGACUUCGGGAAGCCGUGUUGCCAAGCAAACAAGUUCAGUCAAAGUACAACAGCUGUACCAUCUUUUGGCGUCUCCUCAACACCAAGUACCCUCUCAACUCCGCAUGAUGCGCAGGGAAGUGCGCAUAAAACCGAAGACUUCAAAGGACCAAAGCAACCGCAAGGGUUUGAUGAGAAAACUGGGUAUUAUUACUAG